AUGGAUCCACUGGAGACCGGACAGAUGCUGAGCUUGCCCGCUGAGCUCGGCAGCACCAAUUCCGAGCCGACGGAGCCGACAACGGUGGCGGCGUCAGCAGACGCUCGCUUAGACGCGGGUCCCCACCCCAAAACGGCUAUGGAGGGCGCCGCAUCGCACCCGACGCCGGAACCCGAGUCCACACAGCCUCCACGGGCCUCGACGCCCGAGUGCAAAGUCCUGCUCUCCCGAGCUGACGCUUUGGCGUCCGAGGGGAACCUCCUGGAAGCUCUCGAGGUGUGCAAACAGCUCUCGGAGCGGCACCAGCUGGCGACCGAGCAGCUGGAACAGCUGGUGCACUGCCUGGCAAAGACCAUACCGCUGGGCGAUGGGUUGGCGCAGGCAUCUCCAGGCUGCGCGAUGUCCGCUGAAGAAGUCGAGACGACUGGGGCCACGGAGGUGUGGGACGGCUUCAAGUGCAGGAAGUGCCAAGGAUUUCUGUCGGACCCUGUGUCCCUGUCCUGCGGCCACACCUUUUGUAAAAUCUGCUUGGAACGCGGCCGGGCAACCGACCGGCGCUGUGCACUGUGCGGAGUCAAGCUAUCGGCGUGGAUGGUGGCCACAGGGCGGCCACGAGGGACUCGGUGGACCGGGGCCACGACGCCCCCGCCGCUGCGGGUCAACGUCGUGCUCAGCAGCCUCCUGGGCAAGUUGUUCCCGGGCCCGGCGCGGGCGUCACAACUCCGACACGAAGGCAACCAGCUGUACCGCGAGCGCCAGGUGGAGGCGGCGCUGCUCAAGUACAACGAAGCAGUUCAACUGGCUCCAAACGACCACUUACUUUAUAGCAACCGGUCUCAAAUUUAUUUUACCUUGGAGUCUCAUGAGGAUGCACUACAUGACGCAGAAAUAGCAUGCAAGCUCCGUCCAAUGGGUGUUAAGGCACAUUUCCGAAAAGCUCAAGCCUUAGCCACUCUAGGCAAGGUGGAGGAAGCACUAAGGGAGUUUCUGUAUUGUGUCGCUCUCGAUGGAAAGAACAAGAAAGCAAAAUGGGAAGCCCAAAAGGAAAACCUGGAGCUUCCUCACUGUUCUAGUCAGGAGGAAGCAGACACCAGUCCAGCUAGAGUCAAGGUGGAUGGGCCACAAGACGAGACAGGAGAAGAGGAGGAGAAGGAUGCCGCUUCUCCUGAGGAUGAUGCCACUAAGACUGGAAAAUGCCAGGAAAAGAAGAGGAAGCAUGGCCAAAUUGAACCCCGAGGUCAGGAGGUGUCUAAGAAAGCUUCCAAGUCAGAUUCACCCACGGAUCUGGAGGCCAAACCUGCUCUCAAUAGCCCGGUCGCCUCUUUUGAUGCAUCUGACCUUGAAUGCUCACUCUGUAUGAGAUUAUUUUAUGAGCCAGUUACAACACCUUGUGGACAUACCUUCUGCUUAAAAUGCCUUGAAAGAUGCCUGGAUCACAAUGCCAAGUGCCCGCUGUGCAAAGAUGCUCUUUUACAGUGCUUGACAUCACGAAAAUACAGCAAAACUAUAAUAAUGGAAGAGCUAAUAGCUAAAUUCCUUCCAGAAGAAUUAAAAGAACGAAGGAGGCUUUAUGAAGAAGAAAUGCGAGAACUGUCUAACUUAAAUAAGAACGUGCCUAUUUUUGUGUGUACUAUGGCCUACCCCACCGUUCCCUGUCCCCUACACAUCUUUGAGCCUUGUUACCGUCUGAUGAUUCGUAGAUGCAUUGAGACAGGCACAAGACGGUUUGGCAUGUGCCUUGGAGAUCCUGUUAAAGGAUUUGCUGAAUAUGGCUGCAUCCUAGAGAUUAGAAAUGUUCAAUUCUUUGCCGAUGGUCGCUCAGUGGUUGACAGCAUAGGCAGGAGACGCUUCAGGGUGCUCCAUCAGGGCCAGCGGGAUGGUUACAACACGGCUGACAUUGAAUACAUUGAAGACCAAAAGGUUCAGGGAGAGGAUUAUGCUGAACUGAUGACACUACAUAACUGUGUAUAUGAGCAAGCAUCAGUAUGGUUUCAUUCACUCAAAUCAUCAAUGAAGAAUCGGAUACUCCAUCACUUUGGUCCAAUGCCAGAGAAAGAUGCGGAUCCCCAGAUGAAUCCAGAUGGUCCAGCCUGGUGCUGGUGGAUAUUAGCAGUUCUUCCAUUGGAAAGCCGAGCUCAGCUCCCAUUCCUAGCAAUGAGGUCGUUAAAGGAGAGACUGAAUAGUAUUCGGCGUGUUGUGGCCUUUAUAUCCCGGACUCUAAACUAG